AAUUACAUUAUUAUGUGUCAUGUUACAGAUGGACAAUGUGGGUAUCGGUGGACGCACGGGCUCACUGCACUUUAUCCGGUUCCCCACCAGUGAGAUGGGCAACUUUCUGGCACUGGCCAAGAGCAAGGGGAUGGCAGCUCUAAUCACCACUGUCUGUGCUACAGGUGGUGGUGCCUUCAAGUUCGAGAAGCAGUUCAUGCAGGAAGUAAAUAUGAAGCUGGCCAAGUUUGACGAGCUGGAUACACUUAUCAAGGGCAUGCUGUUUGUGGAGGCUACUAACCCCCGUGAGUGCUACUAUUUUACACACCCAACUGAUGAGGACAAGUGUCAGAAGUGUCUCUACAACUUCAGCAACCCUUAUCCCUUCAUGAUCGUGAAUAUAGGAUCAGGUGUGAGUGUAUUGGCAGUGUAUGGCCCGAAUGAGUGGAAAAGGAUAUCAGGAACCAGUUUAGGAGGUGGAACAUUCCUUGGACUAUGUUGUCUGCUCACGGGUUGUAACUCGUUUGAGGAGGCUAUCGAACUGGCGACUUGUGGGGACAACAAACAUGUGGACAAACUUGUGAAAGACAUCUACGGUGGCAACUAUGAGAAGUUUGGCCUCCAGGGUGAUCUAGUAGCUAGCAGUUUUGGCCAGAUGAAUUCGAAAGAGAAGCGUGCAACAGUGAGUAGGGAAGAUCUUGCACGUGCAACACUUGUUACUAUCACCAACAACAUUGGUUCUAUUGCGCGCAUGUGUGCUCUCAAUGAGAAGAUUACCAGGGUGGUGUUUGUGGGCAACUUUCUGCGAGUGAAUCCUAUCUCCAUGAAGCUGCUGGCAUACGCCAUGGACUACUGGUCUGAUGGUACACUGAAGGCUCUUUUUCUGGAGCACGAGGGCUAUUUUGGUGCUGUCGGGAGUCUGCUUGCAUUCAAUGAAGAGAUCAGUUGAGACCAAUGGAGCUGCCUGUGGCUGGCACCUACUGUACCACCAUGCUAGCCCUAGCAGCCACCUAUACUUUCUACACAAGUAUUAUCUCCGUAGUGUGGAACAUUUGAAAGCUGUUAUGCCAAUUUUAGCUGUCCUAUAAGGUUGUCUUUAACUUGUUUUUGUAACAUCUAGUAGGAAUGUAUUUUUGUAUAAGCUCAAAUGUUCCUUAUUGUUAGUUAAAUGUCAAAGUCAUUCACAUGGUCUACAGAUAUUUAGUUGAUCGCAGGGGGUUAAAUUUUUGUUGUAACUUAUUUUAAAUUUUUUUACAAAUUAAUGUAUCAUUAGGAAUUUCUUCUAAUUUUUGGGAUUUAACCCUUUUAACCCCGGUCAUUAUGUAAUAUCCAAAAAUCCCAAGUCAUUUUUGGAGAAAAUGCAAGUGUUUUGUUAAAAAAUUCAUAACUUGGCUAUUUUUUAACAUAUCAAGCUAUUUCUUUUUUAGUUUUACUUCUUAUUACAUGUGGUUCACAAACAUAUGCAAAAAAUAAUAUCUUGAAAAUACUUUAUAUAUAUGUUGAUGAAAACCAUAUAGAAAAAAAAUUGACACACAAAUGUCUAUUUAUUUUAUGUUAAAUUUAAUUCUUAUUCUAAUGAAAUAAAAAUUAUAGUUCUACUUUAUUCACAAGUUGAGUAACUUGAAUUUUUGUAAGGACGUGUCAUUUUUCUUUUUGCUAUUUUUGUACAAGUAAAUGAAACACGAGAUUUGAAAUUCAUAGUAUUUAACAUAAAGCCAAAAUUAAUUCUUAUAAAAUAAUUAAAAUUGUUUAUAGCCUAGAUUAAAAAAAUUAAAAAAAACUUUUAAUACAAUAUUUACAUAUCUAGAAUAUGUUUUCGAAAUGUCAAGAUAGCUAUUACUCAAAUUGUCGUCAUUGCCCUCAUCCACACCACUUGCAACUAAGUAAUUGGUGUAUUUUUGAUUACGGGAGACUUUGAACAAUUCCUUUUACUAAUUUUCAAAUAAAAUAAGUAACAAUCUAAUAUUUAACUGCCGUACUAUAUACUGUUUUAACUUAAUAACAUUAAAUAAGAUGGAAUGUUCACAACUUAGCGAAAUACAGCUGUCUGCAACAAUCAGUGAGCAGUCAGCCGAGAUGAAUUGUAAUUUCUCAAUCACAUAAUGACAAAAUACGAAGUCAAAAACUUUACGAACAAUUAUAUUUAGAUGCAGUACAUCUUUUUGCACAAGCCUGUGGAAUUUCAAAGCAUUUGGUAAAAUAGGUGGCCAGAAAAAUAAUACAAAGUGCAUGUCUGGACUACAUGGAUGUCUGGAGUUGACGCAAUAUUUACAUCGGGGUUGAAAGGGUUAAUAUUAUCUAUUUACAGAGCAGCUGUAAUGCAUAUUAUUGAUAAUUUCUUUCAAAUUGUAUCUUUGUUAGUUUGAAUACUGAAAAAUGUUUACAUUAUUAAUAGUGUUUUACAAGUAAUAAAUAGGUGUCUUCGUUUGGCAUUAUUAAUGCCAGAAAAAAUUAAGUACCUGGAAUUUUGAGUCAGAUGAGUUACUUUUCUAAACUUUGAUUCAAUAAUCAAAAAGUUGAAAUUAAAAAAAAUGAGAUAGGGUGCUUUCAAACAUCUAAAAAUUAUAUAGCAAUAAUUCUUCAAUAUGAAAAUGUUGGAUUUUUAUUGUAUUUCCCCUUAAAUCUACAACAAUGUUAUUAUACAUUGAGCAACGUCAAUGUUGAUGGCAAAACCAAUUGGGUAGAAUUGAAUUGAAUCAGAAUCAUUGCCUCCCUUCACUUGUUUGUCCCUUACAUUCAUAUUAACUUAAGUCUGCUCAUAGUCCACUUAAUUCUUAUGGUAAAAAAUAGGUAGCAACAUGUUAAUAUGUAAUACCAAAAUAAUUUAAUUAAAAUCAGAUGGAACUUUUUGGAAAACAUUAUUAUUAUAUCUGCUAGAAAGUAAUAGAAUAACAGGAUUUGUUUAAGGUUAAAUUUUGUUUGAAUAAAUUAUUUAACAAGAACAAAGAUUUGCCACCAUGAACUCUUAUAGAAUAUUAAGUUGGUAUUAGAGACUAAAGUUGAAAGCAAGUUUCACUAGAAAUAUUCAUGCCAGACAUGGUGGGAAAUAAAUAAAUAAAGAGUAUUGAUUUCUUUUAACAUUCAUGUUAUAUUAUAUUCGUAUAGGACCAACCUCUAAAACUUAGUAACCACUGUUUGAGUUAGAUAAUUUAUUAUCGAUCCGAGAGUUCAGUUUCUGUAUUUUAUUAAUACUGUUGUAAACUAUAAAUCACAUGUAUUAGUUUAUGAGAGAAAGUUUUUUUAAUACAAAGAGUUUAAUAAAAAUUGAGAAAUAAUGUUUUUGUGAAUGCUAAAUAAAAGGGGGGAAAAGCAUUUUAUGUUGCUUAAUUUACUGAAGAUUAACUUUAUUCUAUUACUUGCCCAAUCAGUUAGUUAAGUAAAACCUGGUUCCCUAAAAUGGUUAAAUACACAGUUUGUAUUUAAAAAUAAUAAUUUUUUUACUGUAGAGAGAAAUUAAAACUCUUAGCUGAGUGUUAGCGAAGCCUAACUUUCCACAAGAUAUCUCAAGAAGAAAUUGAGUUAUAGACUUGAAAUUUGUUGUAUAUGGUUAUCACUCAGGGGACUGUAAAAAUUCUUCUCCUAUCUGUCUAAUCCUCAGGAUAUCUCGAGAGUAAAUUGUGCUGGAGACUUAAAAUUUUCCAUGAAACUUCAUACAUACAUAGGCACGAUAGAGUUCGAUAAUGGUGCAUGUCUGACCAUAGGAUUUGGCUGAGUAUUAGCGAAAUUUAACUCACGCUUUAUUCGUUAUAUCUUGAGAACGAAUUGAGCUCUAGACUUAUAAUGUUGUAUGAAACUUCAGCGAAGCCUGUUUGUUACUUGAUCUGGCACAAUUCUAUAUUCUUGUAGCAAAAUUUUUAUUUGAAAUGAAACUAUUUUAAGUUUUAAUAAUUAUUUAAAUUUGUGACACUAUGUAUCACUAAAAUAUUCGAUGUUUGAAAAUUUGACUUUUAUUAGAACUACAUGCAUUUAUUUAAUAUUUUGUGGUUUUUAUGUCAUUUCAACAGAGAUACCCUAUCUUCAAGCAUUGUAAUUCAGUAACUGCAUUGCAAUGCUAUACUUUAGUAGGAAAUAAGUAUACUAUGGAAUUAUAACUAUAAUUGUAAAGUAAUAACUAUAAUUAUAAUUAUAAACAAGCAGCACCCAUAAUUCUUUAACUACCUCUAUAUUUAAUAAAUUGAAGGCUUUCGAUGCAGACAGGGACAUUGCAUUAUCUGUAUUAUUUACUAUGUUACUAAGGCAUUAUAUCAUUCCUUUAAUGCGGUCACAUAUAUUUAUACACAAAGACAACUAUGGAUACCACAGGGACAAAAAUUUUGAAGUACUGUACAUAUUGAACGUAACAUUUUCAUGGAGUAAGUACUACAAGUUUGUAGAUAUAAGAAAUGACACCAGCCAUUAAAGCCUCCAUACUAGAUUAAGAGUUUACUGUUAAUUCAAUUAUAGAAAGAGUUGUAAAAUAUAUAGUUAAGAUCUUAUAAUUUUUCUCCAUACUAUUAAAACAGGGAUUUACAUAUAACCUUUUUUAAGACUUGUACAUUAGUUUAACGAUUUGUUAUUGAUAUUGUUGACAUUAUAUACAUUUUUUAGUAUUAGUUACAUUUUGUUGAAAUAUUUUGUGCUAUACUAUAAAUCUAUUACAUUAUUAAUGCAAGAUCAUUAAUUAUUUGUGGUACAUUAAUGUUAUUGAUUAGAUCAUCAUAAAUUUCAUGAAUUAUUUUUCUGGAAAUAUUUUUUAUUUAAUAGUAAAUUAAAAUGAAUCGCCGAGUAUUUAUGGUGGCGAGUGACAAAAUUUGAAAGCCAACACAACAUUAUUUUAUACUAUAAAACGGAUUGUGUUGUUUAAUAUUAUUUGUCUGUAAAUACAAGAAAUUUGAUUACAUAUUUUCAACAUUGUUCAAUUUUAUGUUUUGAAAUGUACUUUACAUUAAAUAACUGUGAGGCCACAAACCUGUAAUGUUUUAUUCGGUAGUAGUUUUGUUUUAAAACGUUAUUAUUUAGAAUGGCAACUGUUUGACUCAAAUUCAUUUAGCUAUACAAGUAAUUUAUCAUUAAUAUUGUAUAGUACACAUUCUACUUUAUUAUGAUUACUAAUUUUAAGUUUUAUAUAAGCAUCCUUACAUUUGGUUUCAAAAAUAAAACAUUGUAAAAUAAGAUUUACAAAAUAUACUUUUAUGUAGGCUGCUCUGUCUCUUUCAUAUUUCAGCAAUUGUUUUUUAUUCCUUUUUAUACAUGUAUGUGUUUACAAUUGAUUGCUUUUAUAUAUAUACAUUAUUUUGUAAGAUUUUUAAUUGCACAAAAUGUGGGUCAUUUCUCUUAUCUGCCUCAUUUAAUUUACUUGCCACUGCAAUAAGUUAUUGCUUACUAGAUGGGAUCCAAAGCUUCAGCAAUAUACGGAAUAAUGCUUGUGGUGUGUAAGGAGAAACGUAGAUAACUUUAAGAAGUUUAAUAUUUUAAAAUCAGGGUAUUAUGGUAUUGAAAUGGUGCAGUCAGUUUUUGUUUAGUUUAAUUUAUUAAAAUUUGUGUCACAAUCCUUCAAGAUAACUUUCCUAAAUACAGAAAAAAGAUUACACUACAAGAAGAGUUAUAGGCACUUCAAUUAGUGAUUUUUAAAUUUAUUUGUAACAAGGGCAAAGGAACAUGGAUAAAGUAUUUAACUUUUAACACUACAUAUAUGAAUAAUGUCUUAAGGAAAUGAAUGUUUUAUAAACCACGAAGGUGGUUAGCAAUGGUAUAUAUGUAUAGCUUAUGGGCAUUUCAAGGUGGCCUUAAUUACUGCUUUCAAUGAUUGCAGUUUUUGUGUAAUGAUAAAGAAAUUUUCUUUUUAAAUCUUUAUUUUAAGGGAAGUAUCUGAAACCAAAAACAAAGAAAAAUUAAUUUAACCAAAAACUGAUAGCACCACUGGCUAAUUAGUCUAUUGUAAAUUAAAAUUUGCAAAAGAGUGUGUAUGGUGUGCAUUCAAAAUGUAUAGUUCACUGAAAUAUAAAUAAGAUAUCCAUUAAUGUAUUUAUCUGGUUCCGGAAAAUCAAAUGAAGCUUUAGUGCCCAUGCAGAGAUCUGUCUAUAGUUAUAAACUUAGAUGUCAAGUUAUCAUAUGAAAUACGGCAACAAAAUCUUAGAAAUGAUAUUGGUGCUAAAUAAUGUUUUGAAGCUGGUCAGACUAUUACAAGUACAUACACUUAUUUAUACACUCUUAAGGCACGUUGACUGAAACAUCAUAACCCUUUCCACUUGGAUGUCGCCACUUAGCAACUUCCACUCCGUAUCCAGCUGGUUUUUCACUUCCACUCCGAUUUUGUCGCUCUUGAGCUUGGAGAGGAGAGUCCAAGCACCAUGUGUAAUUUUUAUUUGAUGUCAUUAUGCCUUUAUUAUAGUAUGCAGUUAUAACUCUUAACUUGUCCAUUUAGUUAUCAAGCUAUGCCAAAGCUGUUUAAACUUGAUAACUGAAAAAAGGUAAAGAAUAUAUUUUUUUGGGAUGUGAAGUUGGAUUGUUCCUUUAUAUUUGUAUCACAACUUUGUGAACAGCUGACGUAGUUUGUUUUUAUGAAUUUUGAAUGCUGUGUCUAUAUUUGGUUGGAGAUUGGUGUUUGCAUAUUUUUUUGUGAGUUCAUUUCCAAUUAUUACUACUUAAAAAUCAUGUACUAUUACUAAUCUAUGUAUACUUUUGAUUAAUAGAAAAUGUCAGGUGUAGUUUCCAUUAACUAAGUAUUAGAAAAUCUUAAAAUAAUCAAUUAUUCCUUGAAAUCGUUUUUCAUGUUCUUUUAUUAAAUGUUUACAAUCCUGAAUCUGUUUAUUGAUUUUUAAGAAGUUUUAAAAUAAAGUAAGUUUAACAAAUCAAUAAAAAUGACAAAAGUAUGUAUUUGAAACAUUGUUCUGUGUUAGAAACAUACGUAGUAACACUUGAUAUGACAAUCUAUUAUUACAAUUAGUAAUAACUUUGCUAUAUCACAAAUACAAUUUUAAAACCCUUAUGUAAAUAAACAUACAUUUUUAAAAUCAUGUACUGUAUGUGUGGUUAAAAAAAAGUAUUUGUGAAUUUUUCUAAUUUAUGCCCAACGAAAAUAAAUCUCUAUUUGUAGUGUUUUCUUUUCCUAGUAAUUUGUGCUCAAUAUAAAACCUGUCCGAGUCUAUAAGCAAAACAUUGUAAUGGUCCUAAUAUUUUAUAAAAAUAUUUUGUGUAAAGCCAUGCAUUUUCACUGAAAAUUAAAAAAAAUACACUGGAACAACAGAGUCUAGAAAAUUCGAGUGGAGAGGGUUCUGAUAAAAUAAAUUUGUAUUCAGUACAAAUUUUAUUGCAGGAACCUUAACUGUGUAUACUCCAGAUAGGCAGAUAAUUGUAGGACCCCCAACAUUCCAGAUGUGCUUUAGUGAUGUAACACAAUCCAGUCUCUCAACGUUUACUAUGCAUAACUGUUAUAAUUUUACUUGACAAAUAAUACGUAUAUUGCCAUGUAAAUAUAUAUAAACCUAUAUUCCAUAGUGUAAAGUGGUUAUUGAAUGUUGUUAUUAUUUAUUUAUCUAUUUAUUGUCAAUUUGUUAAUGAGUAUUAAAAGUUGUUAGUCGUAGACACAACUAUAACUUUAAAGUUGUAUUGUUGAGAUGAAAGUUAUUGAAAAAUAACUUUAAGCACAAAACUAUCCAAAUAUAUAUAGUAUAUAUUAAUAUCAUAGUUUUAAACUGUAACUGUAUACUAAACUUUGUAUAACAUUGUUUAUUAAUAAAUUGGUUUUUAUUGUAAA